AUGUCACUUCCAGAGCGUACUCUUUGUGGAAAAGUAUUUUACAAAGACCAGGACAAAAUCUACUGCGAAGAGGACUACUUGUAUUGUGGAUUUCAGCAAACGGCCGAAAAGUGCCAUAACUGUGGGCAUCUUAUCUACGAGACCGUAAGUUCACUAACGACAGGUAUGAAGUAUACAGUGAUACACUCACUGGCUUUAACCCAGACCAAUAUUUUUAUACAAGGUACAACUUAUUUUUAG